AUGUCGCGUAUGGCAUCUGAACAGGAGCUUGUGCCUAAUGCACCCGCGGAAGCUAAUCCCCAGGAAGCCCCAGAGGCAGUUCCGAAGGAGAACUCGACCGAAGAGCCUAAACCUGAUCAGGUGGAAGCUGAAUCAUCACGACAUCGCCCCCCACAGCGGUACCGACGACGACACCUACUGCUGCCCCGUCAACCAAACCUACUGGAAUACAACAAGUAG